AUGUCUGAAUUUAAUGUUGAAGGACUUGUCGAACCUAACUGGGAAAUUAUUCGCGAUUUAUUCGAACAAAAUUUCCGCGAUGGUUCAGAACUCGGUGCAUCCCUUUGUAUUUAUCAUCAAGGUAAAUGUGUUAUUGAUCUCAGUGGUGGCUGGAUUGAUCAAGAACAUACAAAGCCCUACACACAUGACACUCUUCAACUCGCUUUUUCAACAACAAAGGGCAUAGUAGCUGCAGCUGUUGCACUCUGUGUACAACGUGGGUGGCUUGAUUACAAUGAACUCGUGACAAAAUAUUGGCCUGAAUUCGGACAGAAUGGAAAGGAGACAAUCACUGUUUCUGAUCUACUGUCACAUCGGGCCGGUUUACCAACAGUUGACCAGUGCGUGCUGGACGAUGUUCUUAACUGGAAGAGUAUGACAGAUCUAUUAGCUAAGCAAAAACCCUUUUGGCAACCGGGUACAGCACACGGGUAUCAUGCAGUAACAUUCGGAUGGUUAGCUGGUGAACUCAUUCGUCGAGUUGACCCAAAAAAACGCUCGGUUGGAGAAUUUAUUUUGAAUGAAAUUGCUGAGCCGAUGAAUAGCGAAUUUUAUAUUGGUUUACCCGAAGACAAGGAUCAUCGUGUAUCACCAUUGGAACGAAAAAUACAAAUUGAAAACAUGCCACCAUUCACAGCUUUAGCAGAGCAAACAUUUUCACUCAAUGGCACCCUAUCAGCAAUAGACCUAAGCAAGCCGAAUACGUUUAAUAGUGUAUCGAUUCAUCGUGCAGAAUUACCAGCUGCUAACGGGAUAACAAAUGCGCGAUCAUUAGCAAGAAUCUAUGCAUCAUUCAUUGGUGAUGUUGAUGGGCAUGCGCGUUUGUUGAAUGAAAAUACGCUCCAACAAGCAACAAGAUGUACGACACCUGAGGGUGAACCCGAUCGCAUUUUAUUCGGUAUUCCGUCAACAUUUGGCAUGGGCUUCAUGAUACAUGGAGUACUGCUGCCGAUAUUCGGACAAGGCAUAUUUGGUCACAGUGGCGUGGGUGGCAGUUUAGCAUUUGCCUAUCCAGCUAAACAACUCACAAUUGGUUAUGUUUUAAAUGAACUUAACAUGGGCUUUGCUCCAGUUGAUCCUCGAUUACAAACAAUUAUUGAUGCUAUCAAUCCGAUAUUAGAUAAGAUGGAAGACACUUGCUCUAAGAGUUCUUCAAGCAGGAGUAAUCUUUGA